AUGACGAUCCUGCUCGAGUCUUUGCGUGUGCUCACCACCUGCUCGUCGGUGCUGCUCAACGUGUCGCCGUGGCCAGAGUUCGCGCGCAUCAAUCGUCAACGCACACCCGGUCCGCUGACUGUGCUGCCCGUCGUCAUGCUCUACUGCAACUCGUUCCUGUGGACCAUGUACGGCUUCAUGAUAGGGCAGCUCUUCCCACUCUUCGCCACUUGCUCCUUGGGCCAGUGCACAUGCGCGGGCUUCAUCGCCAUCUACUAUCGUUGGAGUCCGGAUCGGCCGGCGGUGCGUCGGCUCGUUGCCAAGGCUGGCUCCGUUAUGGCGCUAUGCAUGUCGUACGUGAUCCUUGGCGCGAACGAGUUCACCAACCAGUCUCGUGAACAGGUGAUCACUACACUUGGUCUAUUGUGCAUCUCCGUCAAUAUCUGUCUCUACGCGUCACCGCUGGACACCAUGAAGCGCGUGGUACAGACCAAGUCGGCGGCGUCGCUACCCAUUUCACUGUGUUCCGUAAAUCUGUUGAACGGGCUGCUCUGGGUGGCCUUCGGCCUCGUCGACGGCGACUACUUUGUGCUCACACCUAACACCAUCGGCUCAGUGCGCAGCGCCGCGCAGGUGGCGCUUUACUUUACUUAUUGCAACACGGACGAGUCUCGUCUGGAGGAGGAACAGAUCCAGCCGCGCUGGAAGCUGUGA